CCGGCCGCUGCUCUCAGCUCUGCUCACGACCGCGAUCAUGUCUCGUACGACGUCGCGCACAACUCCAUUGUUGUGCUGGUUGCUCUUGCUGCUAGUAUACUCUCCAUCUGUCGGCGCAGUCCUCGGACACAAAUGGGAAGCAACUAGCUUCUGCAAAUGUAUCUGCUUUGGCACAAAUUAUACCAUUCUACGAAUGGAUCUCCCCGACGAUCCGAGCAAGCCGUGCCUCUCGUGCACGAAGCAAUGGUGUCUCAACCAGAACCUACCGAAGUGUGCAGGGGCGUCCAUCGGCGACACCAACCCUGACACUGCGACCGGCAAGGAGGGGGACAUCGAGGCUCGUUGUUUCCAGAGGGAUUCCCCUCGCGAUCAGCUUGUUGUCACUCUUUUCCUUCUCACAGUUUUUGGUCUUCUCCUGGGUGCAGGCAUAAAGGGUCGCAUGCUGAAAGCAGGAUUUGACACGAGUCUGCCAUGGAGUACAGGUAGGCGGUGGUGGGAGGCAUGGACUCCGCAGAGACAGCCCGAAGACAUCCAUCUUGGAGAGACGGGCCGCAGCCUUUCCACUCGAGACAACCGAGGAGCCUAUGUGGGCGUGUCCGACUUGCCGCCGAAUGCGUAGUAGCUUAACGGGGAUCAGCUCGUUAUUCAGGGUUGGACUGGAUGUUCUUGGUAUAGCUGUAUUAUAGAUCACAUACCCUACUUUGCCCCUUGCUCUAAACGUGUCCCCCGCGGGCAAUCGCAUGCCGCAUUCUUACCAUAGCAGUGGCGCCAUUGAAUGAGACAUGUUGUGCUAGUCUAUUCUGGUAGUAUUGAUUCGGAUUUUCC